AUGGCAUCUUCCGACUAUAACCCGGCGUUCCCGCGCAGCAUCGCCGCCGAGGACAAGAUUCGUGCAUUUGUGUCGAAUUUCUACCAAAUCUCGGAUGACCCGACCAAGAAUGAGGAAUGGGUCUCGCACUUUUUGCCUGAUGCCGUGCUGGUCAUGGGUCCGGAUAGGGCAGAGGGCGUCAAUGUGAGAGAGCCAGAAAUCCGAAAGAUCCGAGAAAAGAUGUGGGAAAAGGUGGCAGCACGGAAACAUCAGCCCCUCAAGGUCUUUGAGAGCAAUUUUGCCGACGACGGGGGCGCACAAGUGACAGAGUACAUGCUGUAUGGCGACCUGGUGUACAAACUAAAGACGGGCGAGAGCCAGGGCGUCUCGUGGGCCGGCAACAUGGUUCUGAAGCAGGUGGAGGGCGAGCUCAAGUUUAGCUACUACCGUGUCUAUAUACAACGCUGA